AUGGCGACGACACGAAGCGCGGCGGCUCAUUCGCGUGUCGUCCAACUGAUUCGUGUGCGCAAAGAGGUCGAGGAUCUGACGAAAAAUCGGCGAGUCUACAUCAAAGAUUUCGCCAAGGCGCUGGAGACGCGCGACGUCUUCAUGUUCAAGAUUCACGGCGACGGCGACGUGUACAAAGGCGCGAUCAUCUCGAUCACCAUCGACAUCAGCCUCGAAUAUCCGUUCAAGGUGCCGGUGGUGACGUUCGACGAUCACAUGUACCAUCCGAACGUGGACGCGCCGACCGGCGAACUCUGCUCGCCGCUUCUGAUGCAGGAGAACUGGAAGCCGGAGACGACGAUGGAGGACAUUCUCAUCAACACGCUGUGCAUUCUCAACGAGCCCGACUUGUCGCGUCCGGUGAAUUUCGACGCCGCCCAUGAUUAUAUGACGAAUCGUGCGCAAUACGUGAGAAAGUGUAAAGAAUGUAUUAAGAAGUUCCGAUGA